CCUCGACGUCGACCACCAGCAUUUCAUACCAACAUCAGCUGCUUCCCUUUACUCCCCGGCGGAGAGAAGAAGACAGUGAGAAGCGUACCGCCAGAAUGUCUCGGAGAGGUGUGCCACUGGCUACGAACAAAGAGGACGCCAACUUCCGCGAGGCCCUGAAGCUCUACGAGGCGAAGCAGCACCGCAAGUCUCUGAAGCUGUGUGAACAAGUGCUGAAGAAGAACUCGCACUAUGGAGAGGCCCUAGCACUGAAGGCGCUAUUGCUGUAUAACCUGAAGGAGGACGACUGCGAGGUGUACGUUGAGAAGGCGCUGGCUGUGUCCACGACGUCGCCUGUGCUGAACCACAUCUUGGGGAUCCUGAAGAGACAACAGCUUCAGUAUAGAGAGGCUGCGAAGUACUUCAAGGCUGCGCUGGACAACGGCUCCUCCAACAAGCAGAUCUGGAAGGACCUUUCUGUGAUGGAGACCCAGUCGAGGGACUUCGGCUCGCUGGCCCACUCCAGGUUGAAAUACCUGGACGAGUUCUUGGGUUAUAGGGCCAACUGGACCUCUUUGGCCAUCGCUUACCAUUUGAACGGGAACUUGGAGGCUGCUGUCAAGACCUUGAACAAGUUUGAAGAGUUGGCUGAGGGCAAACUGGGUCCCAAUGAGAUGUAUGAACACUCCGAGCUGCUGAUGUAUAAGAAUGAGAUCAUCUCGGAGUUUGACCUCGAAAGAGCUCUGAAUGAGCUGGAGUCUACUGAGACUUUUGAUAAAACUGGCCAGCUGGAGUUGAAGGCCAAGUAUCUCAUGAAACUGGGUAGAAAGCAAGAGGCUCAGAGGGUCUACCGUGAGCUGUUGAAACGUAACCCUGACAACGUGUCUUACUAUCAUCAACUGGAAGAUGCAUUGGGUACCAGGGAGAGAUCUGCUAAGGUUAGAGAUUCUCUGUACUCUAAACUGCAAGCAUUCUAUCCUAGAUCAGAUGCACCAAAGUUCAUCCCAUUGACUUUCACCACUGGUGAUCUUUUCAAAGAAAGAGUCUCCAAAUACGUCUUGGAUCAGCUGAAAAGAGGUGUUCCUGCAACGUUUACCAAUGUCAAGCCAUUGUACAAGGAUCUCGAGAAGGCACAUGUCAUCGGUGCCAUUGUUGAAGAGUUUUAUACAAAGAGCUCUGAGCUCUCUCCUCUGUGCUGGGUUUGGACAACCUACUUCCUUGCUCAGCACUACUUGCAGUUGAACCAGCUGGAAAAAUCCCUUGAACUGAUUAGCAAGGCUGUUGAACACACACCAACCCUUGUUGAGUUGUACAUCCUCAAGGCCCGUGUCUACAAGCACUUUGGUGAUUUACAAACCGCAGCUUCUGUUAUGAACGAAGGAAGACUCUUGGAUCUACAGGAUCGUUUCAUCAACUCAAAGAGUGUCAAGUAUUACUUGCGUGCCGACAACAUCGACAAGGCUUUAGAAGUUGUUUCUCUUUUCACUAAGAACGAGAAGGGAGAAAAUGGGUUGAAGGAUCUACACAUGAUGCAAGUGUGCUGGUUUAUCGUUGAGAAUGCUGAAUCCUACAAGAGAUUGUAUUUCGCCAACUUGAAAGAUGAAGAACUCUCAAAGAAGUAUGCUGGACUGGCUCUAAAGAGAUAUUACGGUAUUGUCAAGAUCUUUGAGGAGUACUGGAACGACCAAGUUGACUUCCACACGUUCUGUAUGAGAAAGGGUACUGCUCGUGCUUACUGUGACAUGAUCAGAUGGGAAGAUCUCAUCUUCCAGUCGCCAGUGUGCUGUCGUGCUGUUCUGAGUGCAUUUGGUUUGUAUAAGCACUUGAUCUCGAAUAGCAAGACAGAUGGUGAUGAAGACGAUGCGAUGUCUCCAGUCAGACACGACAAAAAGGCCAAGAAGGAAAAGGCUGCAAGGGCAAAGGCACUGCAAGCUGAGAAGCAACACCUUGUUGCCUACGCGGACGAUGAAGACAUCCUUGGUGAGACUCUUAUCGGAGGAUUGGACCUGUUUGAGUCCAAAUUCUUCUCCCACGACCAUGGAGACCUGGAGACUCUAUCGUUGAACGAGGUCCAGUUCGAACUGCAGUUUGCAAAGAACAAGAUGGCACCGGUCCUGGUUGCACUGUCCAAGCUCGUCAAGAUCAGCCACGAUACUUACCCACCAUUGGCUGCUCACAUUCUGCAGUUGAAGUACGCCACUGCUAACAAGGACAAGAUCACUCAGAUGCUUGCUUCCAAGGGUGUCGAGAAGUACUACACCGAAUGGGACCAGCCAUGGGCUCUCAUUGACAAGUACUGUGUCAGAUCAACGCUCGACGGUAUCAAGGGCCUGCUCGCUGUCUACGACCUCAAACUGGCCCAAUUGGAUAACGACAAGGUCAGAGAGGAGAUCUUGGAGGCUACAAAGCUACUACAGCCAAUUGAGCAACUGGAGAUCCUCAAGUUCCUGUGAUUAGAUAGACGUGUUUAGCUUACAAGUAUGAAGUCUUUGUUCGA